AUGGAAUUUAUUGGGUUUCGAGCUCCCCAUCCCCCUCAAAGACAGCAACAAUUUAUCCAACCACCAAAAAUGCGUUCAAUCCAAAAUAGAGGUUCUCCUUCAAAUUUAAUGGGACCUUUAGGGACCGGAAUGCCUGUUUCAAAUAAAUGGAUUCAACAACAGAAAAUGCCAACAAAUCCUCAACAAUGGCAGCAACAAAACAACAAUAAUCGUUAUAGUGUUGCUACAACUUCUGAUAUUACAAGACCUUCAACAUCUUGUAGCGGAAAUAAUGUUGUGAGUUUUUAA